AUGCGAGUUAUUGGAAUUAUUUGGACUCUUUAUCCCCUACUUGGCUUACUUGCUUUCCUCGAAUUUGCUAUUGGACUUGCCCAUGUCUUUUUUUGCCUUCCAUAUGCUCAUUUUUAUUUAGUUUUUUGGUCAGGUAUUUCUGCAGGGAUUACUUCAGUUUAUGCGCUUUUACUGGACUAUCCAAACAAAUGUGAAUUAUUAUUACAAUUUGUUUCUAUGAUUUUUGCAUUUUUUCUUUCUUUAACCUCAACAACAGAAGCAAUUUGUUUGAGAAGGGUUCAAAUGAAGGAAGGCCAAACAAGUUUUUGUGCCGGUUUAUUAAAUCGAACAGCCACAAAACAAUUACAAUGUGAACGUGUACUUGGACGUUUCCAAUCAUAUUUACUUGAAAAAAGUUCAACUGGGGGUGGUCAACUCUUCUUUUCCCAUCCAUCUAUACAAUCUUCUUCUAUACAAUCUUUACAAUUACAACAAACAUUAAUUGCUGUUAAAUUAAUUAUAGCAACAUUAAUAGCUAUUUGUGCAGUUUCACAAUUUUGUGCUGGAAUUGUUUUAUUUGGCUAUUCUGCUAGAGCUAAUAAUUUUCGAUUAACUACAGCACAUAUGAAUUUAUUUUUUGGUUUUGGACUUAUACUUCUUUGGCCUAUACAUACAAGCUAUUGUUGCCCUCUCUUCUUUCUAUAUCUUCUACCUAUUAUAGGAAUAUAUUCACUUCUUUUUGCUUUACUUCCACUUCCUCCUGUUGGCCAUCCACUUAGACAAUUUUUUGCAAUUGUUGGCGCCGCCUUCGGCACUUUAUUAACAUCUUUAGCAACAUUCUCCCUCCUUUGUUGGGGAUAUAAUCCAACCUCAGAGGAGCUACGUGGACCUCCUUUUCUCCCUCAAGAAAAGCCUGUACUUAAUUAUAUUAAAAGAAAACCAGCUACAGAACUUGGAUUUCUUCGAUUUUGUAAUUACCCUGAAUGGUUAUAUGCAAAUUGUGAGAGAGUAUUAGACUUUUCUUUUCCUUAUUUAGAUUGGAAUGGAGAACAGGUAUUCCAAGAGAAAAUAAUUAUUCGUUUGGCAAUUCAUUGUUUGUUGGCUAUUUGUUCUUUGGGACUUUUCCUUUUAUUUAUUGGGGAUGCUUUUUGUUCUUAA